AUGGAGCAGGUCAUGAUUGAUUCUGCAGUUGCUGAUUCGUUUUUUUUUUUUUUGCUUCCAAUGCUUUGUUACAUUGAUAAGGGCCGGAGCUUCAAUGACGAAUCCACUAUUCGCAGACAGCCCAACUCGACAGGCACAAGCCAUGUCGACAGUCGAGGUGGCACUCGGGGGCAUGCUCGCCUCGGCAGUCAUCAAGGUGGCGAGAUCAAUUCUACCAUUUCAGGCAAGAUCAAGCUGCACAGGAAACUGAGGAACGAUCUGGAGAACAUGAAGAUGAUGCCAGAGUCGGUGGAGGUUGUGCUCGGCGACGUUGAGAGGGAGUCUAUCAAGCAUAAGUCCAUGCUUCUGUGGCUGAAUCGGCUUAAGGAUGCCGCGAACGACAUCUCCGACAUGCUUGAAGAUUUUGAAGAUGAAACCGACUUCAACCUGCUAUGCAAGAUUCUGUCGAUUUGGUCACUAUCAAUCUUGAUCUGA